AUGAGUGAUUCUGAGUCCAUUUCAAGUGAUAAUGAUAUAUUUGAUUUUGAAGAUAACUUUAUUGAAGACAUUCCUAGGGAUAGUGAUUGUGAUGAUGAUAAUAGUUAUUCUUCAAAUAAAAAUAUUAAUAUUCUGCCUCUAAAAUUAGAAGCACAGGUAUUUAAUACUACUAUAUUUACAAUAGAUAUUCAAACAAUAUCACAUUGUGAAUCUGUUAAUGCUAUCUUUAAAUAUCUUUUACAUAAUUCAAAUAAUACACUUAUAGAUAUUUUUUUUACAAUUAAAGAGCAAUUAGAAGAAGAACAAGAUAAUAUUGAUUAUUUAAAUUGGCAAAAUUCUUUUUUAACAAUUCAAUCUAGCAUAAUAGCUUCUAAUGUUUUUGCUAAUAUGAUUAAUAAACUUAAGAAUUUUACAACUUCUUCAAUUCAAAAAAUUCAUAAUACUGAAAUGGAAUUAGCAUUUAGUUAUAAUACGAAACUUUUAGAUCAGUCUUGGAUUAAUCAUUUAUUUUAUUCUGCUUCAAAGUUUGAAAUGAAUAUAGCUAUUCUACUUGAUAAUCCUUUCAAUUUUUUUAAUUCAACAAAUAUUAAUCCUAUCAAUAACAUAUACACUACAAUUAGUAAACAAAAAUUGUAUUAUAUGAAUAUUCAAGGUUUAUCUAAGCAGGCAUGCCAAAUUGCUUACAAAACUAAUGAUGAAUCUUUUGUUACAUUACUUGAAAAAUAUAUUACUAAAAAAAAUUGUGAAGCAUUAGAGUUUACACAAGUUGAAUUAUUAGAUAAUCAAAAUAUAAGUAAUAUAGAAUCUGAUCAGAAAAAUGCUAAUCAACUUGGGAAUUCUAUAAUUAGACGUCCAAAGAAGACCUCAUGA